AUGUUAAAAACUAAUUUCAGUCACUCUAUAGACCUGAACGUGUUUGGUAGUUCUCGGAAUACUGAACAAAAAAAAUAUUUCAAAUCUCGAACAGUCGUUAAAAUCGUAUCGUCCAAAUUGAUUAAAUUUGAGCGUUUACUCGAAAGAAAAUCAAAAAAUCCAUUCAAAUACAAGAGUAACAACACGGAAACGUUACAAAUAACGUGUUCAGAUAUAGCUGAGCGUAUAAGUAAACUUGAAAAACCAUUACAAGAUAUCACAGAACAGUUGAAAAAAAUAAGCAAGUCUGUUGAUACUAUAAGCAAACUAUAA